AUGUUAUUUCCCCCCCCAUUGACAGAUGGAUUGUGGAAGGUGGAAGGGGCUCACAGUGACUGCCUACAGGCCAGUGAAACCUGCAACAGUGACCCCAGGUGCAGCUCCAAGUACCGGACAUUCCGCCAGUGCAUGGCAGGCAGCAGUGCAGCCCCGCUCGGCCCCGGGGCCAAGAACCAGUGCAUGAAAGCAAUGGUGUCGCUCCUCUCCAGCCCACUGCACAACUGCAAGUGCAAGCGAGGCAUGAAGAAGGAGAAAGUCUGUCUCGGCAUCUACUGGAGCCUUCAUCAGAGCAUGUCACGAGGGGAGGAGACGGACGACAGCUCACCCUACGAGCCCAGCAAGCGAGGAUAUGACUAUGCCAGACUGGCCUCCAUCACAGCAGGGUCUGAUGUAGGUGUGACACGGGCCAACCGUUGCCUGGAUGCGGCCAAGGCCUGCAACGUGGACGAGUCGUGCCAGAGGCUGCGGACAGAGUACGUGUACUCCUGCAUCAAGCCCUCCAGCAACAUGGAGACUUGCAACCGCCUCAAGUGCCACAAAGUCCUGCGCAAGUUCUUUGACCGCGUCCCCGUCGAGUUCACGCACGAGCUGCUCUUCUGCCCCUGUGAGGACACGGCGUGUGCCGAGCGCAGGAGGCAGACUAUUGUCCCAUCCUGCUCUUACUACGUCAAGGAGAAGCAGAACUGCCUGUCGCUGCUGGAGUCCUGCAAGGUCGACGUUGUCUGCAGAUCGAGGCUAGCAGACUUCCAAACACGUUGCCAGCCCUCCACACAGUCGGUGAGCGGCUGCCUCAGGGAGAACUACGCUGCAUGUCUGCUCUCCUACACCGGCGUUAUAGGUACUGUGAUUACCCCAAACUACAUUGACAAUUCAAGCUCGAAUGUGGCGCCCUGGUGCACCUGCAGCGGCAGCGGAAACAACCGGGAGGACUGCGAGAGCUUCCUCAAUCUCUUCACGGAUAACACCUGCCUCAAGAAUGCGUUUCAUGCAUUCGGGAAUGGGACAGACCUUAACACCGGCUCCAGCGUUCACCACUCCACUUCCCAGACGUGGCAGAACAAACACAUAAACAGCACGGAGAUUUCACACCGGGAAGCAAAUGCGCUCAGUCCGUUACUACCCACACAGGCGGCUGAUGAACGGCUGCUGUGGAAGGAGUCGAGGCCGAGCCGGGCAGCCUCUGAGGCGCUGGGCCAGGCAUCAGCCUCGGGCUCGGCCUGCGACCACCAUCUGCUCUGGAGCCUGCCGCUCGCCGCCCUGCUCUUACCGCCGAGGAUGUGAGGGAAGAGGUGAGGCAGCGGCUCCAGGCCCAUCACCCCACCCCCUCCACCCACCCUGCUACCCCUCCUCCAUCAUCGCCCGCUCCACACUCACCCCCUCUCCGGGGUCCAGCCGGACAUUUUACACCAAGGGCGCCAGAGGUUUGUCGUCGUCACUGUUGCCAUCACCAUCGCCGCCGCCGCCUGAGGGGAAGAUCACGAGGACUGACCAACGGUCGGGGGGGGGGGUGGGGGGGGAAGGAAAAACGGACAUCACAUCGCAGCAGGAGAAGCCAAUUAACUGUGUACAUUGCCUGGGGAAGCCAUUUACCGACAUAUUUCUUGGGGGGCGGGGGGAGGGGAAGCCAUUUUGUGAUGCACAUUGCUGGGAUACGAGGGGGACCUCCCUUCACUAAUAUGGCGGCACUUUGGUGGGAUACGGGGUUCAUGGCAGCACAAUGCUCGGAUACUGGGGUCACGGAGGCACGUUGCUAGGAUACGGGGGUCAUGCGGACAAGUUGCUAGGAUAGGGGUUCAUGGUGGCACGUUGGUGGGAUACGGGGAAACACGGCGACAUGUUGCUAAGAUAAGGGGAUCCUCCCUUAGCAACCAAUGCGGAACGUUGCCGGGAUACGGGAGUCAUGGAUGCACGUUGCCGGGAUACAGGGGUCAUGGAUGCAUGUUGCCGGGAUACAGGGGUCAUGGGUGCACGUUGCCAGGAUACGGGGACCUCCCUCAGCAACAAGAUCGUCUCCUUAAAGCCGGGUUCCAAGUAUCCAUCGUCAAGCAGCAGCUGUGCCCUGGGUUUCCGUUAAACAGGUUUCAAAGACAAUUCAUUACCAAGAUCCAGUUUCUGUGCCCAUAAGCUUCUGUGCCCAUAUUGUACUGUUCAAGGUCGGAUUUCACUGAUACAUUUAUUAUAAAUAGUUGUAAAGAGUAGAGAAUGGAUCUAACGCCUUAUUACCUGAGUCUGGUUUUAAGGAACUUUUGCAUUCAAUGGGAGCUCAAUGCAUUUAUUUUUAACCAGUUGUCAUUUAAUUCCAUCUUUAAGAGUUAACAGUUAGUCCUCGCAACCACAGGAAAUUUGGUGGGAAGUUGCGUUUUUUGUUUGUUCCAAGGCAGAGCCAUUCAAACGUCAGUGAUCUUGAACAGGGACUGGUGCACACUUGGCAAUUGCUUGCAAAUCUUUUGUCUCCUAUCUUCGGGAAGAAUCCUUCCUGACUCCCAUCCACGUCUUCAGUCUGGAAAUGCAGCAUCCCAAAGAAAGAUAAAUGCAAACAGGUGUAGGAGAACUCAGCAUGUCGGACAGCACCUGUGGGAAGAGAAAUGGCCAACGUUUCAGGUCCAGGACUCUUCAACAGAAACAUUAACCGCAGAUGCUGCCUUACCCACCGAACAUCACUCAUGUUUUCUGUGCUUGUUUCAAAUUUGCAGGGUGUGCAGGGUUUGCGUUGGUUUCCAAAGACUGAUUCUGCUCACUGUAAACAUUGCCCCUGGGAAUAUUGAUUUCUCUAACUUCAAGUAACCCCAGCAUUCCCUCUCUCUCUAUCCCUCCCACACCCAAGUCGCACCAGCUUCUCGUUUUCACCCAACAAACAGCCAACGAUGACCGGUUUCCUUUAUCAGCUUAACUUUUUUACUUAUCUUUCAUGCGUUGUUCUUUGUCUCUCUACAUCAUCGCCUAUAUCUCUCAUUUUCCUUAUCCCAAACCAGUCUGAAGAAGGGUCUCGACCCGAGACGUCACCCAUUCCUUCUCUCCAGAGAUGCUGCCUUUCCCACUGAGUUACUCCAGCUUUUUGUGUCUAUCCCCUGGUGUUUAGGUGGGUGGGAGGAGAAUUGAAUAAGGGAGCUUUUGGGUGUAUGUUAAAGAGGGAAAUGGGAUUGUUCUGAGAAUUGGGAUACAUCUGAUGGGUUGCAUGCGGCAGAGUGGUGCAGCGGUAGAGUUGCUGCCUUACAAUAGCAAUGACCUGGGUUCGAUCCUGACUGCUGGUUCUGUCUGUAAGGAGUUUGUACGUUCUCUCUGUGACUGCGUGGGUUUUCUCCAGGUGCUCCAGUUUCCUCCCACACUCCAAAGAAGUACAGGUUUGUAGUUACAAUUAUGCAAAUGUUGGUUAAGUGGGUUUGGUUAAGAAAAAAAUGGUAUAUUGUCCCGAGUGUGUAGGAUAGUGCUAGUGUAUGGGGUGAUCGCUGGUCGACGUGGCUGAAGGCCUGUUUCCACACUGUAUGUCGAAAGUCUAAAGUAAAACGCUAAAGUCUAAAAAACGUGAAAAAAACGAAAACGUAAUAUAAGGGAAUGCAUCGCAUAUGCCACACAUAUUUAUUAUUUUGAGUCAUUAUUUUGAAUUCUUGUACAUCUCCUGACUGUUUUGGCUUCUUUACCUCAGUUGCCCAACAUCUCAUUGAUCAAAUGUCUCCAUGUACUACACCUCCGACAGCCCUGCAGACAACUGAUCCUCUCAUUCUGAUCUUGUGCAUUGAGCUGUGGCAAACCUAACCUCACUUCCCUAGGCUUCAAGCUCUUCAAUAUCCCCAACCAUCUCCUCCCAGGUUGGUCCUAAACCAUGUCCUCCAGUUCUUUAUUCCCCGACUCUGGGCAAAAGGCUCUGUGCAUUUAACCUCUGUCCUCCAAUCCUCGAUUCCCCUACU